AUGACCAUUACCUGGACAAGCGGUUAUGACAUAACUGAAGCCGUUCCUUUUGUUGAAUGGGGUCUUGAGGGAAAACUGUUAUCAAAAUCUCCUGCUGGAACAUUGACAUUUGGUCGUAACAGCAUGUGUGGUUCACCAGCACGAACUGUUGGCUGGCGUGACCCUGGUUUCAUACACACAAGUUUCCUAAAAAAUCUUUGGCCAAAUUCUGUGUACACAUACCGAUUGGGACAUCUUUUGUCUAAUGGAAAAUAUGUUUGGAGCAAGAGCUAUUCAUUCAAGUCAUCACCUUAUCCUGGACAGAACUCUCUGCAACGUGUUAUCAUAUUUGGUGACAUGGGGAAGGCAGAGCGUGAUGGUUCAAAUGAGUACAGCAAUUAUCAGCCUGGUUCGCUUAACACCACUGACCAGCUUAUCAAGGAUUUAGACUAUAUUGAUAUCGUUUUCCAUAUAGGAGAUAUAACAUAUGCGAAUGGUUACAUCUCACAGUGGGACCAAUUCACGGCUCAAGUAGAACCUAUUGCAUCAAAGGUGCCAUAUAUGAUUGCAAGUGGCAACCAUGAACGCGAUUGGCCCAACUCAGGAUCUUUCUAUGACACCAUGGAUUCUGGUGGGGAAUGCGGAGUUUUGGCUGAAACCAUGUUCUUUGUUCCUGCAGAAAACAGGGCGAAAUUCUGGUAUGCUACAGAUUAUGGCAUGUUUCGCUUCUGCAUAGCUGACACUGAACACGACUGGAGAGAAGGAUCAGAUCAGUACAAAUUCAUUGAGCAUUGCCUUGCAACAGUAGACAGGCAAAAGCAGCCCUGGUUGAUCUUUGCUGCGCAUCGAGUGCUUGGAUAUUCAUCUGAUUAUUAUUAUGGCUUAAAGGGCUCAUUUGAAGAGCCCAUGGGAAGGGAAAGCUUGCAGAAGCUUUGGCAGAAAUACAAAGUAGAUAUUGCGUUUUAUGGUCACGUCCAUAACUACGAAAGAACAUGUCCCAUUUAUCAGAAUCAAUGUGUGAAUACAGAAAGGUCACAUUACUCUGGAAAUGUUAAUGGAACUAUUCAUGUUGUUGUUGGAGGAGGAGGGAGCCACUUAUCUAAGUUCAGCCAAGUAACCCCAAGUUGGAGCCUUUACAAAGACUUUGACUUUGGGUUUGUCAAAUUGACGGCAUUCAAUCACUCUGCUCUCCUCUACGAGUAUAAGAAAAGCAGUGAUGGAAAAGUCUACGAUUCUUUUACCAUUUCAAGGGAUUACAGAGAUGUCUUAGCAUGUGUGCAUGAUGGCUGUGAACCUACCACCUUAGCUACUUAAUUUGUCUUCUUACAUACAUUUUUUUGUACAGAAGUCUUCUUAUAUGCACUUCUUUUUUCUUUUUUUUUUUGUAUAAAAAUAUUGCAAGCAAGGUAUAUUUUGGUGUGAAGCAAAUAAAGUUUAUCGUUUCCUCUUCUGUGCAAGAUAGAGGUUUGGCCUGUA